AUGGUCUCAACACCGGUUUCCUUAGAAGAUCAGGCAAAGCUUUUGGAAGAGGCGUUAAUUGUGGUGAAGGGGCAAGCGUACCAAAUGAAGCGUUGCAUUGACAACAAUAAGCUAAUGGAUGGUCUGAAACACUGUUCUGCAAUGCUGGCAGAACUACGAACUUCUGCAUUAACGCCAAAAAACUAUUAUGAGCUUUACAUGGCUAUAUUUGAUGCUCUUCGUCACCUCACCAUAUAUUUGAAUGAUGCUCACAACUCGGGAAAGCAACACUUGGCUGAUCUUUACGAAUUGGUUCAAUAUGCUGGAAAUAUUAUCCCUCGAUUGUACCUAAUGAUCACAGUAGGAAGCUGCUAUAUGUCACAAAAAGAUGCACCAGUCAAAGAAAUAAUGAAGGAUAUGAUGGAAAUGUCGCGUGGUGUACAACAUCCAACUCGUGGCUUAUUCUUGAGAUAUUAUUUGAGCGGGAUGACUAGGGACUCGCUACCCGUUGGAAAUGAUCAAGGAUCUACGGGAAAUCUUCAAGAUUCCAUUUCCUUUAUACUUACAAAUUUCAUCGAGAUGAACAAACUUUGGGUUCGUCUACAGCAUCAAGGACACUCACGUGAUCGCGAAAAACGCGAAAUGGAACGCAAAGAAUUAAAAAUCUUAGUUGGCACUAAUUUGGUUCGAUUAAGUCAAUUAGAUGGUGUCGAUUUGACUUUGUAUCAAAAGAAAAUUUUGCCCGCUAUUUUAGAACAAGUCAUCAAUUGUAAAGAUGUAAUAGCACAAGAAUAUCUAAUGGAAGUGAUAAUUCAAGUGUUUCACGACGAUUUCCAUCUCAGAACUCUAGGAUCUUAUUUAUCGGCAACAGCGCAACUUCAUCCUAAGGUGAAUGUAAAACAAAUAGUGAUAGCAUUGAUUGAUCGUUUAGCCGCAUAUGCUGCUCGCGAGGCUGAGUCUGAGCCUGCAGAAGAAAUCAAGCGCCAAGAAGAGGAGGCUCAGAAAAGAUUAGCAGAAAAAAUUAAGCAUAAACUAGGACAUGAAGAAGAUCAUUUUCAAAAUGGUUUAACAGAGAAAGAACUUUCCAGUAAUGAAAACAUUGAAGAUGAUUUAGAAACGAAAAUAGAUGAAUUGGAGCAAAAAGAUGAAUUGGAGCAAAAAGAUGAAAAAAAUAAUUUACCAGAACAUGGGGUAGAAAAAUUCCGAGGAAUUCCAGAGGAUGUUAAAUUAUUUGAAGUUUUUUGGGAUCAAAUAGUUAACCUGGUGAAGGCGCGACCUGAUUUAUCAAUUCAAGAUAUUACUGCUUUGUUGGUCUCUUUAGUUAAUUUGUCCCUCAGUUGCUAUCCUGAUCAAAUUGAAUAUGUGGAUCAAGUUAUUGAAUUCGCUAAAUCCAAAUUUAUCGAGUUCAGUGAGAGCCAAAAUCCAGAUCUCCAUAAUUCAAUUACUAUCAACAACCUUUUAAACCUUUUGCUUGCUCCAAUAAAUUCAUAUAAUACCGUUCUUACACUUCUUGCGUUGCCCAAUUAUACCGAAUUACUUGCCCUUCAACCAUUUGCUACGCGUCGUUCAGUUGCGCAUGCGAUUGUAGCAUCAAUUCUUAAGUAUGAAACAUAUAUAGACACAGCGGAGGAAGUAAAUGGUAUUCUUGAUCUUUGUAGCGUACUUAUUCGUGAUCAAAAAGAUGCUGUAAUGUCAAGUCCCUUUAGCAGUUUUACUACUGGGCGAAGUUCUAGGGGUAACAAGGAGCCAGUUAUGGAACCUGAGGAAUUCGCUGAGGAACAGGGAUGGCUCGCUAGAAUCAUUCACCUAUUUAAGAAUGAUGAUCCUGACAGUCAAUUCAUGCUCCUAUCAACAGCUCGUAAGCAAUUUUCGGAAGGUGGCGAGAGGAUACGAUAUACUUUCCCGCCUCUUGCGAUAUCGGCUAUUAAGCUUGCGAGAAGCUAUAAAGCUUUAGAAGUACAAGACGAUAACUGGGAGAAGAAAACAUCAACACUAUUUCGUUUUAUACAUCAGAUUAUAUCUAUUCUUUGUCAAAAAUCAGAAUGUUCGUCUAUUUGUCUGCGGCUUUUCUUGCUUGCUGGACAAAGUGCGGAUGAAUGUGGAUUUGAAGAAAUUUGCUAUGAAUUUUUCGUUCAGGCAUUUACUAUCUAUGAAGAAUCAAUAUCUGGAUCUAGAGAACAAUUCCAAGCCAUCACACUUAUCAUUGGAACUUUACAAGCGACUAGAGUAUUUGGGCCUGAAAAUUAUGAUACUCUAAUCACAAAAUGUGCUCUGCAUGGCAGCAAACUACUGAAGAAACCGGACCAAUGUCGAGCAGUUUAUUUGGCCAGUCAUUUAUGGUGGGCCACUGAAAUUGAUGUGACCAAUGUUGAAUUAUUUGUAGAGAUUCUGAAUAGAUGUAUAUAUUACUUCGAGCGACAGAAUGAUGCUGUUACCGUAAAAUACCUUAAUGGAUUAAUCGAUUUGAUUAAUACAAAUAUUCGUGGUAUUGAUAAUCUUGAUCAACAUCCGCCGACUUCAGCUUCCUCUGUUUUAGUGGAACCUGAAGGUGGUAUAUCGGAAUUUGUAGUGAAACAUUUUCGUGCUACACUACAGCAUCUUAAUACACGAAAAGAAGCGGUACUUGCCGCAAAAGCUCAAGGAGACUUUAGUCAACCCCGAUACGAUGAAAUUGACACGAGCGUUUCCCCUUGA